AUGUUCGAACUAGGUUUAUGUACUGAUAUAACAUGCAAUGAUGAAAUGAAAGAAUUAUUUGAAUGUUAUUGUUGUUUACGUCUUGUUUGUUUAACUCAUUUAAUUACACAUCUUGAAGUAAAAAAACAAAAUAAACAACAAUUAGAUGAUAUUCGUAAUCAACUAAAUAUAGUUAAAAAUAAACUUAAAUUAAUUGUUGAAGAAAAACUAUUAACUAUUAAAUGCGAACAAAAUUUGAUUGAACAAGCAGAAAGAUUUCUCGAUAUGCCUAGCAGUUCAUUUGAUGAACUACAAAACCUUUUUGAAAAUAUUAAUCAAACAAUAGAAUCAAAUCAGUCAGAAGAAAUCAUGAUAAAAGUCGAACCAUUAUUAUCAGAAACUAAAUAUUGUUCUUGUAUUUGUAUAUGUAAUAAGCAAAAUAUGAAUUCCAAUGAUGGACCGAAAGAAUUGCAAAUCUCGAAAAAUGAUGAAAAUUUAAAUGAUAUCAAUCGUGAUUUUAUUGAUACUAUUGCACUUGAUGCAGCGACGACAACUACUGAGAAUCCACAUGUAAACGAAAAACAAGAACGUCGACAAAUAUCAUACAGAAAAUUGAUUGAUAAAUGUCCAUUAACAUUUGAUGGGGCAUAUGGUCUUACUAAAGCAAAUCAUUCUAUUAAAUUAUGUGAACAUCAAAGACACCGUCGAUUCUCUUUAUAUAGCCAUUUCACAAACACACAUCGAUUAAAAGAAGUUUAUGUCCCACGUUUAAUACGAGCUGUUGCCAAUAAUCAAGAUCCUAGGAUAACAAAAUUAUUUGAUGACGAUGAAGAUGUAAUCAAUCAUUUUUAUAAUGUCCCAUGUCCUUUUUCUUAUGAACAAAUCAAUUCAUCAAAAUAUACUGAAGAAAAUCUCGCCAUUCAAUCGUGCAGAAAACGUUUCGUUCCAUUUUGUAAAUUAAAAGCACAUUUACGACAGUAUCACAAGAAUUUAUCAUCAUAUAAUGUAGAUCCAAGUGAAAUAUCAGUUUCUGGUUUAUCUUCAGGUGCAUACUUUGCCACACAGAUACAAGUGGCAUUUUCAGCGUCAAUAAAAGGUGCUGGAAUCAUAGCUGGUGGUCCCUAUGACUGCGCAGCACAAAUGAGUUACAUAAGUUGUAUGCUCAACAGUAAUCCAUCCAUUACUCAAUCUAUUUUAAAUACAAAAUUGUGGAGUGGAAACAAAAUUGAUGAUAUAAAAAAUUUAGUAAAACACAAAGUUUAUAUGAUCUGGGGAACAUCUGAUCCAUUAGUAGGUGCUUCAGUAAUGACUCAAUUAUACAAAUACUAUGUGACCGAUGGUCAAUUUAUUCCAAGUAAAAAUGUUGUAUUUAAAAAUGAUUUAAAUGCUGCACAUACAUUUCCAACUGAUUUUGAUAGUAUUGGUAAUAAUGAUUGUGGAUUGACAAGUAUUCCUUUUAUUAGUAACUGUGACUUCGAUGGAGCAGGAGCGAUACUUGAACAUAUUUAUGGACCUUUAAAGCCAAGAAAUAAUGGAGUAUUGAAUGGGAAGUUUAUUGAAUUUAAUCAAGGAGAAUUUUUAAUGAAUUCGAGUGCUUAUGGAAUGAGUGAUACAGCAUGGAUUUAUGUACCUAAAAGUUGUUCUGACGGGACCAUUUGUAAAUUGCACAUUACAUAUCAUGGUUGUCAACAAAGUUACGAAAAAAUUGGGGAUAAAUACAUUAAAAAUACAGGAUAUAACCGUUGGGCUGAUACUAAUAAUAUUAUUGUUUUAUAUCCACAAACCGUUGCUACAAAUACAAUAGAUUCGACAGAUGGAGAAUUAACUCCAAAUGUACACGGUUGUUGGGACUGGAUUGGAUGGUACGGAAGUGACUUUGAUGUUAAAAGUGGUAAACAAUCAAGUGCUAUGAAAAAAAUGAUGGACCGUAUAACGAGUGGUUUCAAUCCGAUAGAUCGGUUCACUGAACUUCAGAUUCUUACUACUACACAUAAUUCAGUUUCUCUUUCAUGGAGAAAUGUUUUAAGCGCAAACGGAUACAAUAUAUACAGAAAUGGUAGUAAAAUUAAUAAUGAAAUCAUAAGUGAUACGACAUUUACAGAUAAUAAUUUAAAUUCUGGUACAAUAUACACAUUUAUUGUCAAAGCUAUUUCAUCGACAGGUACGGAAAGUAUCGCUUCAAAUUAUGUUACUGCUAAAACAAUAGGUAAUUCACCAGCUGUAGCAAUACCGAAUGGCUUAAUAGCUACAUAUAUUACUGGUAAUUCGAUUACUUUGAAAUGGAAUUUAGUUUUAGAUGUUGCAACAUAUAAUAUUUAUCGUAAUGGAAAUAAAGUAGCAGAUGUUAAACUCACAUCAUUUACUGAUACAUGUUUAAAACCUGCAACGAAUUAUCGAUAUCAAGUUUCAUCGGUAAAAGAUUUAAUUGAAAGUGAAAAAUCGAUUGAAGUCAAAGUUAAAACACUUACUCUUAAUGUAUGCUUUAAUGAUAACAAUUACAAUCAUAUAAUUUCAGGAAGAGCUUAUCAUAGUAUGAAUGAUGCACUACCUGUUGAUACAAAUCAAAAUCGAGAACUUUAUAAUAAAUUUCAAAGAACAAAAGAAAACGAUUGCAUUAUUGAAUAA